GGAUCAGCCUGUACAUCCCUCCUCCCCCUUGGCAGGUUGUUACACGCUGGCACCCCAGGGAGGCUGUACUGUGGCUCUGCAGUAUAAAGCUUUAUAUGUAAGUUUUAUACUGUAGAGCCCACAGUGCGUGUAACUGCCAGGAUUUGUUUAGCAAUCACACGGUUACAUUUUAAACUACUUUUUACAUUCCUACUGUCUACCCAUGAAAAGUAAAGCACAUGCAUUAGGUCCCUCAGGUUAAUUUGUGUAAAAUGUUACUAAAUUGCUAAUUUUUGAAAUCUUUACUUUUUUACAGAUUAUUACUAUUAUCAGAAUUAUUGUAACAACAUUGACCAUCGAGAUAACACAUCUGAACUAUCAGUGCAGCAGAACCAUGAGAAUGAAGGUCUUGAUCCUAAUUCUUCUUCAGAGCAGGCUCAGGCAGGUGCUGAUAUUGAUUCAUACAUGAGUAGCACAGAACUUGCUGAAUGUGGACAAGGGGAUAACUUAAUCGAGAAUUUACAGGAAGCAGAAGAUACUUCAUUAGCAGAAGGUACAUUAGCAGAAAGCUUGAGAGCAGCUGCAGAAGCUGCUGUAUCGCAGACUGGAUUUAUUUAUGAUGAGACUACUGGAUUGUAUUAUGAUCAUAGCACUGGAUUCUACUACAAUUCGGAAAAUCAACUUUAUUAUGAUCCAGCCACUGGAAUUUAUUAUUAUUGUGAUGUUGAAAGUGGCAGAUACCAGUUUCAUUCACGAGUGGAUCUGCAGUCUUACCAGGCAUCAACCACUCAACAGAAUAAGGAUAAAAAAGGGAAAAAGAAAAGAAAAGAUGCAGAGUGGAUUGCUGCAAAUGAACAUAAGGAUUUGGACACAGAAGAGCAGAAAUCACCCAGAAGUCUGAAUUGCCUUUUCACCACUAAUGAGCAGCUAAGCUCUACUGAAGAGGAGGAGUCUCCAAAUGCAAGAAAGAAAGCUAAAGUGGACAUUGAUGUAAGAAACAGACUACCAGCCAAAGAAGCAAUUAUCACAGAUAGUAUAAAGUUACACCUUAACAGAAAAACACAAGAGCCUGCAUUUAUGGGUGACAGUAAAAUAGUAGAGACAGAGAGUGAGCCAGAAGAAGGUGAAAUUACUGACUCUGAAUGUGAGGACUAUACCAGUGAAGAUGAAGUAACAAGUGAAGAGAGUAUAAAUUCAGAAGAUUCUGAAAAUGAAGAUGAAGAGAGAAUUUGGCCUCCAUGUAUCAGAGUAAUUGUAAUUAGAUCACCAGUACUGCAGACUGGAUCACUUUAUAUCAUCACAGCUGUGAAAGCUGCUACAAUUGGAAGAGAGAAAGAUAUGGAACAUACCCUUCAGAUUCCUGAAGUUGGGGUCAGUAAGUUUCAUGCAGAAGUAUAUUUUGACCACGAAUUGCAAAACUAUGUCCUUGUGGAUCAAGGCAGUCAGAAUGGCACAAUUGUUAAUGGAAAUCAGAUCCUACAGCCUAAAACAAAAUGUGACCCCUAUGUUCUGGAACAUGGGGAUGAAGUAAAGAUUGGAGAAACUGUGUUAUCCUUCCAUAUACACCCUGGCAGUGACACCUGUGAUGGAUGUGAACCAGGACAGGUCAGAGCACAUCUUCGCCUUGAUAAGAAAAAGGAAUCUUCUGCUUGUCCAGCACUGAGCAAAGAAGAGAGAGAAUUAGUCAGAAGAAAAGAAUUAAAAAAAAUUCGGGUGAAAUAUGGUUUACAGAAUACAGCAUAUGAAGAUGACAAAGCAGUGAAAAAUCCAAAUUACAAAGAUAGAGCAGGAAAACGCAGGGAGACCAUUGGAAGUGAGGGGACAUUUCAAAGGGAUGAUGCUCCAGCUUCAGUCCAUGUUGAAAUCAGUGAUUGCAACAAGGGUCAUAAAAUGCUAGAGAAGAUGGGAUGGAAGAAAGGAGAAGGGCUAGGCAAGGAUGGUGGUGGAAUGAAGAAUCCGAUCCAACUUCAUAUACACAAGACACACGCAGGCUUGGGUACAAGUAGACCCGCUUCAGUUGAUGAUGUUCAAGUCAUCAAAAGCAAGAACAAAAAGAACUGGGAUAAAGCACGAGAGAGGUUUGCUGAAAGCUUCCAGGAAGCUAAAACUAAGAAAGAUGCUUCCAAAGUUAUGCCUUGGGUUAAAGGAACUGCAGAAUGAGAAUACUCAAUCCCAGAGUAGGAUAAUUCAUGUGUAUAAAGAGUUGGCAAGAGUUUUUAUUUUUUGCUAAAUUAGAAUUUGGGUGAGAAGUAAUGUACAGAUGUGAAGAAUCUCCUCAAAAUUCAGAAAUGUAUACAAGAGUAAUCUUAUUUGGUUUACACUAGUGUUCAUCCUUUUUAAAAAUACACUUUUAAAUGAGUAAGCAAUGAAUAAAUCAGAUUAUCGGUUUUGUUUAGAGGGAUGUUCAAAUGGAAGUACUUGAAUGUGAGGCUCAUUAAGGGAAGGAAUUUUCUUUAAGUAUUUAUUUUUAACAAUACUCCACUGAAAACUAUUUUGAUUUGUUUAAGCUGUUCAAAACAUGAAGAUUUUUUUUUAAUGUUCUAACAACCCACCCCCUCCCUCCCCAAAAACAAUGCAAAAUGUUGCCUUCUCCUGUCAAGAAUGUUUGGUCUAAAAUUGAUGUGAAACUUAGCAAGAGGCACACCACAACUAAAUGUAUACAAUUCAGUACUGAAUCACAUGCAUCUCAGUUUACUCUUUAUAUAAAGUUAAAUUGAUAUUUUUAACAAGCCCUGUCUACUUUUUGUAUUCUAAAUACUGUGCUCCAUGAAAUAAAUGACCACUGUUGGUAAAGGAAUAGUGUUCAGAGGACAGUUUGUAGUAAAGUCUUUCUUCUGUGAAGAAUGUGUAGUAAAUCUGUAACAUACCAUUUAGAGGGGCUAUGUUCAGAAACCCACUAUCUAGGAGUAUUAUUUAUUAGCCUCUUGAGGCUAGCUGUUCUGAUUCCCUCCCUCCCUCCUCCUCCUCCUCCCCCUCCCAUGCUAGCUAUGGAUUUUAUGCUGGGGGAGUUAAAGGGGGGAAAUCAGACUUUCCAUUCAUAAGGUUUGCAAAUCUGAAACUGAAAACUUGAUAUUUAUUGAAUGUUCUUAAACACAAUAAAUGAAAUAUUGUCAAUUUAAA